UUCCAGGUUCCACCUGCUGCUGACCCUUCUUCUUGCUAAAGAUGCCGUCCCGAACAAAUCUUGCUGCAUCAAUCCCUAGUAGCAAGGUGAAAUAUUCCAAGCUCGCCAGUACUGACGAAGGCUACAUUGACCUGCAGUUCAAGAAGAGCCCUCCAAAAAUCCCCUACAAGGCUAUUGCGCUGGCUACUGUGCUUUUCUUGAUUGGCACCCUUCUCAUUAUCAUUGGAGCCCUCCUACUCGCAGGAUACAUCAGCAAGGGAGGAACAGACCGAGCUAUCCCUGUCUUGAUUAUUGGGAUCCUGGUUUUCCUUCCGGGCUUCUAUCAUUUGCGCAUUGCAUAUUUCGCUUCCAAAGGCUACAGGGGUUAUUCCUAUGAAGACAUCCCAGAUUUUGAUGACUAAGAAGAUUCUGCACAAUGAGAACGUUUCU